UCAGUCAGUUCAUCGCGCGCUUGUUCACUGUACACAAGAGCAGCAACAGCAACUGCUGGUAGACUAGAAUCUUGCUAAUAGUCGUUUUAAAAGGAGGAAAACGCCGAGACUUGACAUCUCUUUUGUAUUUUUGGAGUCGCAUAAAACUAUUUAAAGCAACAUGUGGAUUUACAAAAUUUUGAUAUGUGUGGCUGUUUUAGUUUACUCAGAAACUAAGAGGCAUGCCCUGCAAGACUACCAGAAGACUGAUGCCGUGCGCCUGGCCACGCCACCUGAUGUGUCCUAUAUGUCCAAAAGCCGCAAGAUGAGCGUGGGAAAGUGUGCACGUCGCUGUAGCCGCAACAGGAAGCUUCAGUUCACCUGCAGAGCAUUCAGCUUUGACCAGAAAAGUGCAAAGUGUCAUUUACUGUCAUACGACAGCCUCACCAUUGGUGUCCGCAAGGAGAAUGACUUCAACUUCGACCUAUAUGAAAAGAAAGACUUCAUGAGAGAAUGCAUCAUUGGUAAUGGACUCAACUACAAAGGAAAGAGAUCAGUGACCAGGAGUGGAGUCCAGUGCCAACUCUGGAAUUCCAAAACACCACAUGAACACAAUUUCUUACCCCAGAGGCAUAAGCACCGAGAUCUAGAGGAGAAUUUAUGUCGUAACCCAGACAACACCACAACAGGUCCUUGGUGCUUUACCACGGACCCCAGAAUACGCCACCAGGACUGCAGUAUCCCACAAUGCUCGGAGGUGGAAUGUAUGACGUGUAAUGGAGAAAUUUACCGUGGACCCAUGGACCACACGGAGAGCGGCCGGGAGUGUCAGCGCUGGGACCUUGAGGAACCACAUAAACACCUUUUCCACCCUAAAAGGUACCCCGAUAAAGGUCUAAAGGACAACUACUGCAGGAACCCAGACGGGCGCCAGAGACCCUGGUGUUUCACCACCGAUCCGAGCACUCCAUGGGAGUACUGUAACAUCAAACAGUGCGAUUCAGACAACGGUGGUGACGUUGACAACACAACAAGUUGUUUCCGUGGACGCGGAGAGGGUUAUCGUGGAACGGUUGGCAUCACCCCCGAAGGAGUGACCUGUCAGAGAUGGGACGCCCAGUUUCCCCAUCGACACUUUUAUACUCCACAGAAUUAUCGUUGCAAGGAUCUCCAGGAGAACUACUGUAGGAAUCCUGAUGGACGUCAUCUCCCAUGGUGCUUCACAACUGACCCCAAUGUACCUGUGGCGUUUUGCACGAACAUUCCUCGCUGUGGAGUUCCAACCCCUGAACCUGAAGAGUGUUAUACUGGCAUUGGUGACACAUACAAUGGCAAAAGGGCAAAAACUCGUUCAGGCAUCCCCUGCACUCCAUGGAAAGACCACAGUGAAAGUAACGAAAGAGAAGUGGACUUGCUGACGGCUGAACAGGCGGGGAACUUCUGCAGAAACCCAGACAAGGACAAACAUGGCCCGUGGUGUUAUACUAACAGCUCAUCCAUCCCGUGGGACUACUGCUCUCUCAAACCCUGUGAGCCCUCACAUAACAAUCUGCCACAAAAAGAUGAGGUUACAAAGACAUCAUGUUUUGUUCACAAGCAGGUGAGAAUUGUCGGUGGCGGGCCUGUCCCGAUUAAAGAAGGCAGUUGGAUGGUCAGCAUACAGAGAGGGAGCACUCACUGGUGCGGAGGUUCUCUGGUCAGGGAGGAGUGGGUGCUGACAGACAGACAGUGCUUCUCGUCAUGCGUGCCUGACCUAUCAGAGUACAGAGUUUGGCUUGGUAUAUCCCACUUGAACGAAUCGGGUGAGAAUGACUUUCACAGACAGGAGAGGAGAAUCUCGCACGUCAUAUGUGGCCCCGAAGGCUCUAGUCUCGCCCUUCUCCGACUGACUCGCCCUGCGCUUAUAAGAGAGCGUGUCAGAACUAUUCAGCUGCCCGUGGCUGAUUGCAGCAUUCAGGAGAACACCAUAUGCUCUGUGUAUGGCUGGGGUGAGACCAAAGGCACUGGACAUGAGGGGACAUUGAAAAGGGUUCAUCUGCCUAUAGUGAGCAACGAACGAUGCCAGCAGCUUCACAAAGGGACUCUUCCGAUAACUAGUUCUAAACUGUGUGCUGGUGGCAGAAGGGAUGAAGGAGUGUGUGAGAAAGACUAUGGCGGCCCUCUAGUAUGCCAAGAGAGUAACAGUAAAGUCAUUGUUGGAGUGAGCAUAAACGGCAGAGGAUGUGCCCGACACAACCGACCGGCCAUUUUCGUGAAUGUGGCCUUCUAUACAGGGUGGAUUCAUAAAGUGUUCAAAAAUUAUCCAAACUCAGAACUAAACAACUGAUGAAGAACAUUUUAAGACCACACAAGCAGGAUCGGACAUACGAUCUAAUAUAUAAGAACGAAAUACAGAAUCUGCAUAAAUCCGACAGUUUAUUUCUUGAUUUAAGGAUCAUCUGAACAUCUAUUGUUGAAAAAAAUUCUUGAGAACUUUCCCAGCUUGGCCAUGAAACAUAUAUUCAGAAACUACUCAAAAAGCUAAAACUGAGCUAAAACACCUAAUAAUGCCAGAACCGCAGAGCAGAGUCUCUAAAGGCUAAAUUCGCAACUAGCCAUACGGAAAGAUAAAGACUACUGGACCAAAGUGCGGACAAGUAGCAGAAUCUGUUUCAAGAAUGAAACUCAAUUCCUGGCAUCCAACCAAAAACCUCAAGUCCUCAAAGAGAAAUCAUGCUGCAGUGUGCUACAAAGCAUUCAUAUGUAUGUGCAACCCACACAUUGCCCAUCAAACUAAGUAUCUGGACUUCAGUUGGGAUAUUGGAUUUAGAGACCUAACCAACGUUUGAGUCUGGAUUCAGACCAGGACUUGAAAUAUGGAUCCAAACUUUUGAGGUCCCAACAGGAAUCAGCCGUUCCCUCGUUUAAAAGAGCUCAAAGUUGACCGACGUACCCGCUACAUAUUUCGGGCCACUCCUCAUCGAGAAAGAGGGCUGUUAUGAUUAUAAGUACUUGUUGAUAUAAAAACCCUCAUUAACGGUGUCAUUCAAAAAGCCCCCCCGAUAAAGUAUUAGCUGUUAGCUGUUAGCAUAGCGUGUGCAGACUAAAUGUAGAAUAUCUUAUGGGUAAAAGUAUACACAGAAGGCUUUUUUUAACGUUUAUGCUCCUGAUAAUACUUGAAAACACACAUGAGAAGAGGUCACUGUGUCCUUCAAUAACACCUCCUCAUGUCACCGUUACAGAUCGUCAUUUCUUCAACGUUGGUGUUUAUAUAGUCAAAGGUGUUCCAUCCAUUUCCACUGUUGAUAUUUCGUCCACACGCCUGAACAAAGAUGACAUGACCUGCUUGUAAUGACAUGCAGCAAAAAAAAAAAAAAAAAAAAAUCGCACUUGU